UACUGUUUACGCGUCGUCGUCGCGUCGUGGGGCCUUUUACCGUUGGAUAUAUGCGUGAACGUGGGUCGAGGGCCGUCAAGCGGAUGUGAGGGACUCUAGCAGGGCCACUGCCCCAAUUAAACGUGAUCGCGCCGGCGACUUCCGGAGGCGCCGCUCCUCUUCGGAACUCGGAACGUCGUGUCGUGGGGCCACCCUAACGUGGACAGAAAUUAAAUUAUCAUUAUUAGAUAAGAUCGAGUAACGUAUAUCCCGGCCCUCGCCGUUUUCACGCCGUGCCGAUCGUCCGAGGAUUCGGUGACUUAAUUUCCUUCCGCAUCACCGGAAUAUGAGAUGGCAAGAAUCGUAGCGUGCGUCGUGUUGGUUUGCUUGAGUGCGUGUAGUAUAUUAAGUGCAGAUGAGAGUAGCGAUAGCAAUGCCGGUGAUGCGAUACAGAAGCCGGCUUACAAAAGUCCAGAACCUUCCGGCUUCACUUACCUAGCGGAACACUUUGACAGUGAGGAGAGAUUUACCAAUUCAUGGGUGUUAUCCGAAGCGAAGAAGGAUGAUAUUGACGAGGAUAUCGCCAAAUAUGAUGGAAUUUGGUCUAUCGAAGAACCUAAGAAACAUAGUGAAGACGGAGAUCUAGGAUUAGUGCUUAAGAGCAAAGCUAGACAUGCUGCCGUUUCUACUCCAUUAGUUAAGCCAUUUUAUUUUGAAGACAAUCCCUUGGUUGUACAGUAUGAAGUUAAUUUCCAAGAAGGACAGGAAUGUGGUGGUGCCUAUCUUAAGUUACUCACAUUAGAUGAUAAACAUGGGGACUUGAAACAGUUUCAAGAUAAAACACCAUAUACAAUAAUGUUUGGGCCUGAUAAAUGUGGCAAUGAUCACAAGCUGCAUUUUAUAUUUCGACAUAAAAAUCCACUGAAUGGUACAAUCACAGAGAAACACUGUAAGAAAUCAAAAGACAAACUGGAAGAUUACUUCAAAGAUAAGAACCCACAUUUGUAUACCUUGAUUGUACGGCCUGAUAAUACUUACGUAAUUAAAGUAGAUAAUAAAUUAUUAAACUCGGGCUCAUUACUGGACGAUUUCGAUCCUCCUGUAAAUCCGCCUCUGGAGAUAGAAGAUCCCAAUGAUAAACAGCCGGAGGAUUGGGAUGAUCGAGAAAAGAUUCCUGAUCCGAUGGCGGAGAAACCUGAUGAUUGGGAUGAAGAUGCUCCGGCGCAGAUAGUCGAUGAAGAAGAUGUUAUGCCGGAAGAUUGGCUUGUGGACGAACCGCCUAUGAUACCGAAUCCAGAUUCAGUUAAGCCCGAUGACUGGGAUGUUGAGAUGGAUGGUGAAUGGGAAGCUCCAGAAGUACCAAAUCCAAAAUGCGCGGAUGUUCCUGGUUGUGGACCAUAUAAACAAAAAAUGAAAAAGAAUCCACGAUAUAAAGGAAAAUGGUUACCACCGCUAAUUAACAAUCCUAAUUAUAAAGGAAAAUGGAAGCCUAAACUUGUACACAAUCCUGAUUACUUUAAUGAUGAACAGCCGUUCAAGAUGUUACCAAUUAGCGCUGUUGGUUUUGAGCUGUGGUCGAUGUCUCCCGAUAUAUAUUUCGAUAAUAUAAUUGUAACAGAUGAUGAAAAAAUUGCGAAGGUAUGGGCGGAUGCUACUUUCGAGGUUCGACGUGUUAAAAUUGCUGAAGAAAACUGGAGUACAUGGAGACGAAUCGCAGCAUUUACUGCGGACCAUCCAUGGAUGUGGGCAGUAUAUAUAUUCCUAAUUGCAAUACCAGUAGUACUGUUAAUGUAUUUUUGCUGCCUUUCUGAGGACAAAACAGAUUUUAAAGAUGAAGAUGAAAAGCCUCUAGGAAUGGCCGAUGAUUUCGACGAGGCUAUGGAAAGUGAAGAUUUGCAAGCUUUAAAUAUUGAUCCAACCGAGCAAAGACCUACUAUAGAAGAAAUAGAAGAUACAGAGAAAGAGACUGGAACAGAGGAAGUAAUAGAAAGUGAUAAGGAUACAUCACUGAUCAGUGGUGACGGACCACGACGAAGAAAACCAAAUAAAGAAUAGGAAGAAUAAUUACAAAAAAUUUAAUAAGAAUAUAUUAUUGCGUUAAGAUAUUUACGUAAACUGUCACAUUCCACAUUACACUUGCCACUGUGGAUAGUAGGGUUACCAAUCAUUAGCAAAUUCAGUCACUGCAAUGUGAUCGAUAUUUAAUUAUUCGUCUAAGAAUAUUUACAUUUGAUAUCGUAUGUGAAAUCUUAUUAUAUUUGAGAAAAAUUGUCAGAUUAUACAUAUGCUUUUGUGUAAUGAGUGAUGUAUGAUGUAUUUGUAUUCAGAAAUUCACCAGAGUGUUUUCCUUUAAAAUGGACAAUGCCUUAAUAUAGUAUUUAUGUUUUUUAGCUCUAACAUUGUGAAAUGUUGUGGUAUUAAAGAAUAGCAUCUUUACUCAGUUUGUAUAUUUAAUGUUAUUAUUGGACAAAUUAAUAAGAGCUAGAGAUAAAGAAGUCAAAGAACUGUGAAUGUAAUAUAUGUCAAUGCAAAGUACGCAUGAUCUAUGUCCUGAUGUAAUUUAAAACGAAUUUAAUACGAUUUAACGAUUAUUAUUAUACUUUAACUACUAUGGCAGAAUUCCAUUUGAUUGCGAAAGCAAACGAAUUAUAAGCAUUUAUCUACGGAAUGUGCAAGUCAGCUUGUGUUCUCAUAAUUUUUUAAUUAGUAUAUGCAUAUGUAUAAUUGUUUUUCUAAUAUAAAAAUAUUGAUGAGAAUACAACUGACGAGGUAGCUUUUGAAGUUGUUGACGUAAAACAAUGUCACUUAACAAUCGUACCAUAGUAGUUUAUAGUCAAUGAUCUGUUAUUAUAUUAUUUUAUGUAAUAUUUAAUGUGUUAAUGAUUUAUUUAAGUUAAGAAUAAGUCCAUAUAGUACAUAUUGUAAUCAGGUACUAUGUUGUUUGUAUUAAUUGAUUAUUUCAAUGAAAUAAAAUUUAAAGAAAUAUAGAAUUAA